AUGCUUAGUGUUUUUACUAAAAAAAAUAGUAAAAAUAACGAAAGAACAACAACUGUAAAUAGAGUCAAAGAGUCCCCCAUUAUAGGGAUCGAUUUGGGCACGACGAAUAGCUGUGUAGCUGUGUUUGAAAAUGGCGAAUCAAAAGUGAUUAAAGACGAUGAAGGGCACGCUACCGUGCCAAGUAUGAUUUCUAUCUCUGGAAAUGAUGUUGUUAGAGGGCAUUCUGCAAAGAAUCAAGGCUUAAUAAAUGCAAACAACACGUUGUUUGCUACAAAACGAUUUAUUGGGCGUAAAUACAAUGAAGUGGCCGAAGAAGCUAAAUCGUUACCUUACAAAGUGGUUCCAGGCCCUAACGGUGAUGCUUGGAUUGAAAUAGACGGAAAGAAAGUCAGUCCGUGCCAGGUUGCCGCUGAAAUUCUGAAAGAAAUGAAGGGUAUCAGCGAGCGAUAUCUAGGAAAAGAGGUUAAAGACGCCGUAAUUACCGUGCCGGCUUACUUCAAUGAAUCUCAACGCCAGGCAACGAAAGACGCAGGAAAAAUAGCUGGGCUAAAUGUUAUGCGUCUUAUAAACGAACCUACGUCGGCUGCGCUUGCUUACGGCAUAAAUUCGUUGAAAAACGAUAAUAAGCCACUUCGCGUAGCUGUAUUUGAUUUGGGGGGCGGGACGUUCGAUAUUUCCAUAUUAGAAAUUAACGGUUCUGUGAUCGAAGUAAAGGCUACAAACGGGGACAGCAGUCUAGGAGGUGAAGACUUCGAUCGACGUUUACAAUCAUAUAUCGAAGAUGAGAUAAAAAAAGAGUUGAAAGUUGACAUUGAAAAAGACGCAACAUUAUUACUACGCAUUCGCGAAGCUUGUGAAACCGCAAAAAAACAGCUAUCUAAAGUUACGAGCGUUGAAAUUUGCAUUCCGUUCAUCAAGACUAAAAAUGACAAGAUGGUUGACUUUAAAAAAGAAAUCACAAGAAAGUUCUUUUCGAAUCUCGUCGCUGAUAUUACUAAAAAAACGGUCGAACCCUGUAUUCGUUGUUUGCAAGACAGCAACUUAGAAAAGUCAGACAUCGACGAAAUUAUUUUAGUUGGAGGCAUGACUAGGUGUCCAGCGGUCUUAGAAACAGUUGAAAAAAUAUUUGGUAAAAAGCCGAUAACAACAGUAAAUCCAGACGAGGCAGUUGCUUUGGGGGCUGCAAUUCAAGGCUCCAUUUUAGGAGGUUCUAACAAGGAAGUAUUGUUACUCGAUGUAGCUCCGUUGUCUCUCGGAAUCGAAACUGUUGGCGGUGUUUUCACGCGAUUGAUAAACAGAAAUACCACUAUUCCCACAGAAAAGUCGAGCAUUUUUUCUACUGCAGUUGACAAUCAAGAACAAGUAUUAAUUAAGAUUUACCAGGGCGAGCGCGAAAUGUCGUCGAAAAACAAAUAUCUCGGCCAGCUAGUUUUGCAAGACAUCCCGAAAGCUCCUAAAGGCGUGCCUCAAAUUCUGGUUAAAUUCAGAAUUGACGCAGACGGUCUUUUACACGUUACAACCUUAGACAAGACGACAAAUAAAAAGCAAGAAAUCGUGAUUGAAGCCAACAGUGGCUUGACCAAAGAAGAAAUAGAUUCAAUGAUACAACAGGCAGAAGAGAUGAAGCAAGAAGAUUUAGACGAAAUCGAAAUUAUGGAUUUACGAUCUAAACUCGAACAGUCUAUCGAACGUGCAGAAAAUUUUAUUGAGAAUGUUCGCGACAAACUAAGCAAGUCGGACAUUGAACGUCUUAAAGACUGCAUCAAGUCUGGUAAAGCCGUGAACGCUAAUUCGAAACCAUCUGAUUACCGGGUCAUGAUCAAACUUUUAAACGAAGUAGUGUCUAAAAUAAUCAGUCGAUUAUGA